AUGGCGAAGCCCAGGGUAAAGCGACGAUGCAGCUCACCCAAAGUUCAAGAAGUCGAGAUACAACGCAAACAGACCUCAAGAGGGCUCAGGACACGACUCGUAGUCUUACCGGACGAAGGCCCAUCCACCCCAAAGUCUUCAUCGACACCGUCAGCACCGACCGCACGUCAAUCGAAGGGCUCUGAACCGUCGGCACCGACAGCACGUCGUUCGAAGGGCCUGUGGACACCGCAGUCAACCGUCGACCCGCCCGAUCGCCCUGUCGAGCCUUCCACUCCACCGCCUCUUCCGUCGGGCCCCCAGCAACCACAGCGCCGUGCCCGGGCCCCAAAGACCCAACCGGACAUGAUGACGGCUUGGCUUCCAUACCGGAAUGAGUACCUGCGGCACAUGUACACAGCUCAUGCUCCACCAACACCCGACGAUACCGGCACAGCUACAUGCGAAAAGUGCUCGGCUGGCUCCGGAGAAUGGAAGUGUGUCUCUUGCUUCGGCCGGCCGGUGUUCUGCGAAUCCUGCUGCCUGCGGGAGCACGCCCGCCUGCCAUUCCACCGUUUGGAACGUUGGACGGACACGUUCUGGGCCCCUUCCUGGCUUCGCUCCCUAGGCCUUCCGAUCCACCUCGGACACGAAGGCUCUCCCUGUCCGUGUGUUGACCAACCCGACAAUGAGAGUGACUGGUCGGACGACGACUCCUCCAGUGAGUCCGAGAGCGGUGAAGAGGAUGAGGAAACCCUCGGGGAUCCGCUUCGUGAUGCCGCUGGGGGUGAGCGGGCUCCGGAAAUGCAUAUGACCAUUGUCGAUACGUCCGCCGUCCAUUUCCUCCGUGUCGAAUGCUGCCGUUGCCCUCGGGCGGAGUCAGUUCGUGGUCAGCUCCUCCAGGCCGGGCUGUAUCCAGCAAGCCAGCUGAAUGUCAAAACGUGCUUUACCUUCGACGUACUGGACGACUUUCUGCUUGACAAUCUGGAAUGCAAGACAUCCGCAAUGAAUUAUUAUCGCCGACUUCGCCGGAAGACCAAUCCGGCAUUCCCUCAUCGUGUGCCGGAUCGCUAUGCGGAAUUCAUGCGUGCCACCAGACAGUGGACGCUGCUCCGGGCUAUGAUGCAGUUCGGAUUUGCCGGAGUGAACAUUCCAGACGACUGGGACAGUGACCCGAAUGCACAGGUACAUUUACGCCGAGGCUAUGUCAUGGACGGUAACUUCUCCGCCGAGCAUAUGAAGAUGCUAUGGGUGCACCUCCCAAAACGCUUCAAGGACGGUCCGCGGCUCCGGAUGCCCGGGGCCUUACCUUUACCUGGCAUCGGCUUGUUCCAUGUACAUGGCCACCAGUCGAAGUGCCUGCUCGAGUACGCCCCGACGUUCAUGCGCGGCGCCGGACAAGUGGAUGGGGAGAUCGUCGAAACGAUGUGGUCUCCAUUGGGCAAGGUGUUCGGAAGUACUCGGACGAUGGCGACGUCGCAUCGGCAAGAAACUCUCGACCGUCAUAUGAACGACUGGAAUUGGCGCAAAAUGGUGUCAUUAGUCCCAGCAUUGAAGAAACGCAUUGCCGCAAACCGGGUACUCCUUGAGAGCUUCCGAGAGGCGCUGGAGGAUCAGGAAGCCGGGAUCGAAGCCAACAUCCUGGCUCAAUGGAUGUCAGCGGUCGCAGAAGCCCACAAAAAACGUGUGAAGGAUGUGACAGUGAUGGACGCAUUUGAGGUUCAGGGCCAGCAUGCUCCGUCAAGGGCGGAAAUACAAAUCGGUCUGACCGAAAAGGAAGGGGAUAACAACAUCAUCGUCGGAGCAGCGGAGUGGAUGGUUGAGGGAAUGAGGAUUGAGGAUGCACAAAUUGCGCUGCAGCGGGUAGUAAGGGCCUAUGGGACCAAGACAACGGCAGAGCAGCGUUUGAACAUCGCGAAACAGAGAAAACGGCUCGAACUCCGGAUCGAGCGCUUCCUAAGGAAGGGGGAGGAGAUUGUGGGUACGAACGAAUGGGACGACGGUCGGCAGCAUACCGAGGUUAUCGACGACAAUGGUGACCUAUCCGACUGGGAAGACAUGCAGAACAACGGCCAAGCAGCCGCCGGGCCCAACGUAACAGGCAAUGUCCCGGCUUCUACUCCGAAAUCAAGAAAGCGAGAUGGGAGGGCAGCGGAGUGGCGGCUGUUGUCACUUCCAUCGUCCUACUCUGUCGACACGAUCAAGACUGCGGACGUGCAGCCAUAUGCAAAAGCGGAACUGGAGCUACGAAUCGGGCAAGCGAACGACAUCUUGCACCAAUUGCGGAUAUUGCUCAGCCAAAAGUCAUUUGUAAUGCGUGCGAAGGUGCGCGAUGCCAAGUCUCAGUCGCGGAAGACACGGGCGUGGGCGGAUGUGCAUGCUGUUCAGAAAGGAGUGGAACACCAGGCCCGUAUGUACAGGAAGGUGCGGCAUGCGAUGACAGUGCUCGGAGCAACAACGUCAACACUUCGAAAGUACCAGAAAUUGGUGCCUGACGACUUGAAGGUCAGCACAGCAAUCGUAGAACCGAACCAGAGGGGGCAGCGACAUACCCGGCUACCCUGGAUAUGGACGACGGAUGUUCAAGGCGAUAUGAACGCAAAUGAGACAAUGACGGAAUGUAAGCAGGUCACCGGUCGCGGUACAUCUACAGAAUCAUGA